AGGACUAGUAUUGCAAUGGAGCUUAUUACUGAUUCAUCCAUCUUGUUCCUGGAUGAGCCCACAACUGGCUUAGAUUCAAGCACAGCAAAUGCUGUCCUUUUGCUUCUGAAGAGAAUGUCUAAAUAAGGACAGACAGUCAUUUUCUCCAUUCAUCAGCCUCGUUAUUCCAUCUUCAAGUUCUUUGAUAGCCUUACCUUGUUGGCCUCAGAAAGAUUAAUGUUCCACGGGCCUGCUCAGGAGGCCUUGGGUUACUUUCCAUCCACUGGUUACCACUGUGAGCUCUAUAAUAACCCUGCAGACUUCUUCCUGGACGUCAUUAAUGGAGACUCCUGUGCUGUGGUGUUAAACAGAGAAGACACAGAUGGUGAAGCCAGGGAGACUGAAGAGCCUUCCAAGAAAGAUACUCCGCUCAUAGGAAAAUUAACUGAGUUUUAUGCCAACUCCUCCUUCUUCAAGGAGACAAAAGUUGAGUUAGAUCAACUCUCAGGGGGUCAGAAGAAGAAUAUUUCAGUCUACAAGGAGAUCACCUAUGCCACCUCCUUCUGUCAUCAGCUCAGAUGGAUUUCCAGGCGUUCAUUCAAAAACUUACUGGGUGAUCUCCAGGCUUCUAUAGUUCAGAUAAUUGUAACAGUCAUCCUGGGACUGGUUAUAGGUGCCAUUUUCUACCAUCUAAAAAAUGAUCCUACAGGAAUGCAGAACAGAGCCGGGGUGCGCUUCUUCCUGACCACCAACCAGUGUUUCAGCAGUGUGUCGGCCGUGGAGCUCCUGGUGGUCGAGAAGAAGCUCUUCAUACAUGAAUAUAUCAGUGGAUACUACAGAGUGUCAUCUUACUUCUUUGGAAAACUGUUAUCUGAUUUACUCCCCAUGAGGAUGUUACCAAGUAUUAUAUUUGCUAGUAUAACAUACUCCCUGUUAGGAUUGAAACCACAGGUGGAGGCCUUCUUCAUCAUGAUGUUUACCGUGAUGAUGGUGGCUUAUUCAGCCCGUUCAAUGGCGCUGGCCAUAGCAGCAAGUCAGAGCGUGGUAUCCAUAGCAACGCUUCUCAUGACCAUCUCUUUUGUGUUUAUGAUGAUAUUUUCAGGGCUGUUGGUAAAUCUCAGAACCGUUGUGCCUUGGCUCUCGUGGCUUCAGUACUUUAGCAUUCCUCGAUAUGGCUUUGCGGCUUUGCAGCAUAAUGAAUUUCUGGGACAAAACUUCUGCCCAGGACUCAGUGUAACAACAAACAGUACCUAUAGCUAUGCAAUAUGUACUGGCAAAGAAUUUCUGGAAAACGAGGGCGUCACUUUCUCACCUUGGGGCCUGUGGAGGAAUCACGUAGCCUUGGCACGCAUGAUUGUUACCUUCCUUACAGUUGCCUACCUGAAAUUAUUAUUCCUUAAACAUUUUUCCUAA